CGGAUGAAGUCGGGAUGUAGUAAAGAAAAAAAAAAUCUGGUAGCUAUGAAUAUCAGCUAGCUUGCCACCGACAAUUGGUUGGUACACUUGAGUAGAUCCAUCCAUGUCAAGGCACAAUAGGGAUUUCCGUAGUCCUGCGCCACUUGUGAACACAUAUAGGUGCUCUCCAUCCCGGUUACCCGACUGCCGUGAAUCGGACCUGGCUGGCUUGCUAAAGAGACUGCAGGACCUUGGUGCAGUGCUUUGCAACCUAACACCACCUCAACCUUCAACACUAAAGGAUCUGUAAAUCCAGAUUUGUGCCAGAAGAUGAACGGCUUGUCCAUACGAGAGCUAUGCUGCCUCUUUUGCUGCCCCCCUUGCCCCAGCCGCAUUGCAGCCAAACUGGCCUUUCUCCCUCCAGAGCCCACCUAUGCUUUACUCCCUGACCCAGAUGCUGGAUCUGGAGCAACAACUGUCUCUACCGCCAACUCUGGGGCUGCUCCCUCCUCCCUCGGAGCUCCAGGACUGCGUUCGCGGCUGGGUAAUUCCAGUGGAUCAGAUCGAGGAGGAGGAGGAGGAGGAGGAGGUGGUGGUGGUGGUGGUAGUGUUGGGGGAGCAGGCGGCAGUGGUGGGGCUGCCAGCACCAGCAGUAGUAUCAGUGGGCCAGAAGGCAGGUGGAAGUUGCACCUCACAGAACGAGCAGAGUUUCAGUAUUCACAGAGAGAGCUGGAUGUGACUGAUGUGUUCCUGACCAGAUCUAGCCGAGGGAACAGGGUGGGAUGCAUGUACAUCCGCUGUGCUCCCAAUGCCAGGUUCACGGUGUUGUUUUCUCAUGGCAAUGCCGUAGACCUCGGCCAGAUGAGCAGUUUCUACAUUGGUUUAGGUACACGCAUCAACUGCAACAUCUUCUCCUACGACUACUCAGGCUACGGUGUUAGCACUGGCAAACCAUCUGAGAAGAACCUUUACGCAGAUAUUGAUGCUGCAUGGCAUGCCCUGCGCUCCCGGUAUGGCAUCAGCCCUGAAAAUAUCAUCCUGUAUGGACAGAGCAUUGGCACAGUGCCCACAGUAGACUUAGCGUCGAGGUUCGAGUGUGCUGCAGUGGUCCUUCAUUCUCCUCUCACCUCCGGCAUGAGGGUGGCCUUCCCUGACACAAAGAAGACUUACUGCUUUGAUGCAUUUCCCAACAUCGAAAAGGUUUCAAAGAUCCCAUCUCCAGUGCUCAUUAUUCACGGCACAGAAGACGAGGUGAUCGACUUCUCUCACGGCCUUGCGCUGUUCGAGCGUUGUCCCAAGGCCGUGGAGCCCCUGUGGGUGGAGGGGGCCGGCCACAACGACAUCGAGCUUUAUAGCCAGUAUUUGGAGAGGCUACGGCGCUUCAUCAACCAGGACCUGGCUGCACAGCACGCCUGAGAAAAAUCCGCCUCUCCGUGUUUGUAUCUCUGACACUGUGUAUGUGCAUGUGUGAAAGGGUGGGUGAGCAUGUUUGCAAUGGAUGUGUGUGUGUGGGUGUGAAUUUGGUCACAUCUGUGUGUCUUUAAAGCAGCACAGCACCUACAGGUUCAACGCAAACACAACCUGUGUUCAGUUUCCUGUUUUUAAAGGUGACUAAAUUUUUUAAAACCUCAUUAGCUUUAUACAUUUGUACAGUGUUGGUGAAACACACACAAAAAAUAUAGAUGAAGUCAUUUCAGAGUGGAAGUAUUGAGCAGUUUCAAAGAAGAUUUUAAACUUGGUGACGUAAUUAGGUAGAUAAAUGAGAGAUCAUGUCCAAAAAGGCACACAGAUGUAAAUCUGAAGGUUGGUGAAUAUGCUGCGUGUCCAAACAACUGGGCACACAUUAGUAUGCGUGUGUGUAUGUGUGCAGAAAUGAAGGACAUCCUGAUGACUUGGAAACUAGAAUAGUGGAAGGCUAACGAGGACAUCAAUAUUGAUGUUACGUUUUUUUUUUUUUUAUCUUGUAAUUUGUGUGUAAUGAAGAAUACCUCCACAGUGACUAGCUCUCUUUUCCAAUGGACAAAUACUGAUCAAGCAUGCACCCCCUCCCACUAAUUGUUUACCUUUUUGAUGGAUAUCAGUCUGACUGCCAGGGCAUUCCCAGGUUUUUUCUAACACUAACCUACUUUCUGUGGUUUUGGGGUUUGUUUCCAGCCUUCUUGUUCCAGUGCUUUUGGAAUAGCCUGAAAUCCUUUCACAGCUGUCUCAUAAUUUCCCUCAUUAAUUCUCAAAAGGCCAACUUCCAUGUCAUUGCCAGUCCUCAGCUUUCCACUAAAGCAGCAGAAACAUGUUUCAGGGAAUGAAUUAGAUUUUCCUAUUUAAAGAAUAUUCAUUUCCUAGUUCUAUUUGAAGUGCACAGCUGCUUUGCCUUUUUACCAUCUUAUUCCGAGUAGAUGAUCUAAUAGGAUUUAAUUAGAAAUUUGCAGACACUUCAGGAAGUGGCUGUUCCUGAACACGAACCAGUCAAGUAGAUAACACCUCAUAAAAGUCCAGCAUGUCUGACGUGGAAGGGUGGUUGGUGUGUGGAGGUCUGGGCAGAAGUUUACUUGCAUUAAUGAUGCUUGGACGUUCUGUAAAAAAAUAAGGUUUAAACUAUUCUUGUUUCAGGGUGGAAUGGGACAAAGUGGAAGCUAAUUUUUUUAAUUUUUAUUUUUUUAAAUGAUUUGGAAAUAGCUUCCUAUUCAUUGUUCAUGUAAAAUAUGCUGUAGUCAGUUAAAACACGUUUACGUCUUUAAAAAGCUUGCUCCAAAAUCAUGGCUGAAUAUUUUAAAAACUCUUUUCAGGAAUAAAACAGAUCAUUUAAAGGUAUUAGUGUCUUAUUACAGACCCAGCUUUUAAAUAUAUUCCAUUAUUUAUUCAGUACUUGGAUUUUUUAACCAGGUUUGAGGUCCAGCCCAUUUCAACCGUAAUGUUAAUGCCUGUUCUUUUAACUUGAUGCUGGGGUAAAAUGUCAAAGUACGAAACAACUCCACAUUUCAACCAUAAAUCUGUUAAUAUCUGGUUAAAAGUAAAAAAAAAAUUGGAGUAAACCCCUCAUUUUAAUUAUCAAUCAACAUUUUGAUCAAUGUGCAGCAUGAUUGGCUCAUCAGUUUGGUUCACAGUGUGUAAAAGGUUAUUUUUUUUUUUUUUUGACUCAUUCAAACAUUAUUUUAACAGCUUUUCCUCCUCUGACCAUGAACUGUUCUGAUGUGAAACAAUCAGCUUAUCCAUCUAGACAUCUGCAAAUAUUGAUAUAAAGUCAUUUCAGUGAUACUAUUUUCAGCAGCUUUCUCUUGCAAACAAAUUCAUUGUUUUCUGAUUGACAAACAAAACAAAUGCAGAUGGUUUUUCCAAUACCAAGUCAGAAUUGUAGCUUUAUGGUAACUAAAAUGAUUAUAAGUUCAUCCCAUUAUCCAGUGUAAGUAGAUAUUUGAGCUUUGUGCAGCUAGUGUAGUUCGUGUUUUGAAAAAGUGAAGUAGAGUGUUAUAUAUCCUUCCGCCCAGGGAAAAGAAUGGUUCGAAUGCAUUAUUAAAAGUUUAGAAUAAAUCUAACAUUUCUUUGAAUGCUUUACAUGUAAACUUUUAACAGGUACUCAAAAUGUUUUAGUUUUUUUCCCCCCCCGUUAUGGUUUGCUGUGAAAUCAACCAGCUGUCUCCAAAUAAUCCUGUCCCUUCAGUUUGCCCCUGGUAGAAGUGCAGUAAAAACGUUUGUUAAAUGUUUAAACAGCCCGACUUGCAGCUUAAGGUGAGCCCUUUCAGAGCUUAACGCUUCGGUCCACCUGAUCCAACAAAACACCGUGAAUAACUUCCAUUUCUACUCACCUAUACCGUGCAUAAACUGAGCUCCGCUGGUUAGCGCUGAUCAUCCUCUAACAUUUCUGAGUUGCCCAUCGCAGGACGUUUACUAGUUGAAUUUUAGUGUUGAUGUAAUUAAGUUGUUAAAUGUUUUGGAUGUUUCAUAAUCAUGCGUCUUGAUGUUGGGACUAACGAUGUGAUGGAGAUCAGGUGCCAGGAUGGGAUCUAGCUUCCUGUACCUUCCUGUUUGGUUUCCUCCUCUGGCCCUAAAUGUACAGAAGCUCUCUUGUGGCUGGCAGCACGCUGCAAUGUCUGACACAAGCCAUACUUGAGCCUCGUCACUGUUGGUGUGGUGCAGGUUCCACCACACGUACGCACACACGCACAUUGACAUACACACACAAACACAACAUACACACUAUAUAUAUUUACACAUUUAUAUAUAUAUAUAUAUCUGAUCUAGCAUGAAAAAGCAGGUCUUAAGUUCAGCACUAUUGUACAAAGCAUCCAAAGUGUAACAAGGGUAUAAAAUGUACAUGUGUGUCUUUUUUGUUACCAUUGACUGUUUUAAAGGAAAGCAUCAUUGGAUGCAGGUUUUCCUGUUUGGAGAAGUACUAUCAGGUCCUGGUGUAGUACAAAGUGUUUGCUGCACAGGAGAUCCAUCUACUUCAGUGAUAGUGGCUGCGUUGCAUCGAAGGGAACAUUUAUUAACCGGCACUGACCUGAUUGCUCCUUUUUGGGAGCGCGAGUGGGUCUAGGGAAGCAUCAGAAAAACAUUUUCUGAACACCACUCACCUCCUGUCUGCUCAAACAGGGGCUUUUUUUUCUGUUCUCAUCCUGUGCUUUGUGUAUAUGAUAUUUGAAUUAUUGAAACCUGUUACAUUUUCAAACUCAGAAACUGAGUCAGAAGAAGUUGGGAGUUAAAAAAAAUAAUGAAUCGCUCUCUUGAAGUAAAAUUAUUGCUCAGUUUUCUGACGGGGUGGGGGGGUCUGGGAGACGUUACUGGGUUUGAAACGUGCCGUUUAUGGUGCACCAUUAUGGUUGAUAUGUCAUAUCCUCUGGCCUUGAAUGUUUGACGGGGGAGGGAGGGAGGGUGGGUUAAGCAGUAAAAACUGUAUGCAUGUCUGUUGUGUUUUGCAGAGCAAAUGAUUGGAUGGAGCAUAAUCUUUUGUGUUGUCAAUGUGAGGAUUAAGCUGAAUUCAUGACGUUGAACAUUAAAAAUCCCCCCCAAAAAAAACAAAAAGGGAAAAAAAAAAGUACAUUUAUCUGAAGUUUUUUAAUGCCGAUACUAACUGAUGUAAUGUUGAUUUUUGUUCUAGAGGUUGACUGGGUAAGAUGUUGGGGAGGGGGGGUGUAGAACCUAUUGGUAGACCGUUUAUAUGCUUAUUGUACUUACCUGUUCUUUUCUUUGUAUUAUAAUUUGUAAUUUUAUGUUGCCUUUUUUGACCUGAGAAUAUGAUGUACUGAAACAAAUUCAAGGGACUGAAUCUUGACCUUUUUAUGGAGAACAAAAUAAAAUCACUUAAGUACAAAAUGUGAAA